AUGCACCAUCAAUAUUCAAAUACCUCGAACUGGAAGGUAUAUAGAUAUCAUUACAGCAAGGACAAAACAAUCUCACCGUUUCUUGUCCCGGCACAUCAGUCGACCCAACAGGAAUUAAAUGCAUACCGUCACAAAAAUAUCUUGGACAAGAGCCAAAGUCGUUUCUCUCAAACUUGGAUGCCAUGGCAGUUAGACCUUGUUUGGAGACUAUGUAUCUGGCAUGGAUUAAACCAUAUAAUAAUUCUGCAGAAUGUGCCAAUAACGCUUUGUUUGGCAAUUCUGAUGCAUUUCGUUUACUUGUACCAUUCCGUGAAUCAUUGUUAUUGCUGGUAUUGGUGGUUGUAUUGUCAGUGUUAUGAUCUUCUGCCGUUUCAACUUGGUAAUCCAAUAUUGUGUAUAAUGCUUCUCUAUAAUAAGGUACUUGCAGAGACAAUCCAGUUAGAUUGA